AUGGCCAACGCGGAAUCGCACGCUGCGGCUGAGCGCACCAUGCCUUCGCAUGCGACACAACACCAUGCCUCGUCUCUGCCUAGCGACCUCAAACGCAAACGCAGUCCCUCUCACGACAUGCACCUGGCUUCGCCGGCGCCAGUACCCAAAGCCGCUAAGACCCACAACCACCUACAGAUCAACUACCUCGCAAGACACCUCGAAAAAGACCUGCCGCUGAUUACCAACGAUGACACCCUACCCAACAUCCUGUCCGUCCUUAGCGACUACCAGGGCGUACUGGACCGCCACGAGAGCAUGGCCUGUAACCUUGGCGCAAGACCGUUAGGACCCAUCUUGAUCAAGCGAUUCGAAAGGCUGUUCGACGGCCCUCCGCGAGUAUUGAAGAGCCAUGGCAAAGAUGGAACGACGGUGACUUGGCUGGACGUGGUCGAGUUUGCGCGCAACAAGCCGGAGCAGUUCCAGCUGGAUCAGAUGAGCGAAGGCGUGCGCGUCUGCCAGUUCUACACAAAGCAGUGUCGAGUUCAGAUCUCAGAGGAGGACUUCGUUCUGAUAUCAUCGGGCAUCCCGCAGAAGAUGAUUCCCCCACAGCCCAUCAUCGAAGAUGAAGAGAAGGAGCUGGGAACCAUGGAGAUCCUAGAGAAGAACCUGAGCCAGAUAUGUUCACUGGCCGAUCAGGUCGCUGCUCGCACUCGGCAGCUCAAUCACAGAUUAAAGGGACGUAAGCAGGCUAUUCUAGACCGACGAGCAACCGCAAGUCCCGCUCCUUCCAUUCCUCGGCCUACUAGCCCUUCCAACGUCGCACUUAUGAACGGCGGUAGCUCGAGCGUUCCAAGCUCGGGAUAUAGUCAGGGGCAUGGUCAAACACACACUCAUACCUCACAAACAUCACCUGGUGGUGGUGGUGGUGGUGGCUUCGUUGCAGUCAAUGCACGUCAACAUCAUGAAGCCAACGGUCAUGGGCACGGCCACGGCCAUAGCCGUGGCCAUGGUACCUCAUCGUCUACCCGUCACGAACUGCUAGCCAAGUUUCACACAACAAAUGGUCGGAGCUCAUCCUCGCAGUCACCAAAUAGCACCGCUGAUGCACGGAGACCGUCUAUGGGCAGCCAUGCCGUCUCCCACCCCUCCACCCCUGCAACAAUCCCAACUAGGGCUGUCCCAAAGCCUGCAGAUGGCCCUCCGGCUUCUCUGCAACAUACCACAAGGCCAUCGCAACCUUACAAUGAGUCUGAGCUGCACUCCAUGAUGAACUCACCUGUGCCAAUACCGAACACUCCAUCCAACCUUCUUCCCGCCUCGAGUCAACGUGCCAGUCAACAACCAGAGAAAGACGACGGAGGCCCUUUCAAGGUUGAGAUGGUACACAGGAUGGAAGGCCUAGCCAAGGGUGAGCGCAUAAUUCCACCGUGCGAUCGCUGUCGGAGGUUGCACAUGGAUUGCUUGAAGAACCUCACAGCAUGUGUGGGCUGCACAAAGAAGCACGCAAAGUGCUCGUGGAAAGAAGUCAAGGAGGGCGAGUUACGCGGUGGAUACACAUACCCACCCGGCACCACCAGCAAUGGUCAGAGUGAGACAAGUGACCACGAGAGUGGUGACCGCGCGAGCACGGGAAGUCCUGCUGCGAUGAUGAGCCCUUCGCAUCAUGGGCCGACGCCAUCACACAUCCCACACGGCAAUGGCCAGCACACACCUCAAUAUCAGCAAGCUCAUCACCAACCUUCAGAUCAACAUACACAGCCACCCCCGCCACAGCGUGAUGGUUCACACGAUGCACGGGUACCAUCGGGCCGCAAUACCCCACACGAGCGGGAGCGGGAACGAAAUGUAGAAACACAGCUCCAAGAAGCUGCACAAUCUAGCCUUGCACAUGCGAAUGCUCGGCUGAGUGGGUCUGAAGGCAAAGGUCCUGAUUACUCCAAUCAGACCAUGGUUGCUUGA